CGCAGUCGCUCUUGUCAGUGAGUUGAGUAGCCAAGAUGGCGUGUUCCGCGGCUCGCAGCUCCGCACGCUGGAUCACUGUGGCCGUGUCCUGCAGCCACACACGGGCCUGCUCACCCUUCAUCUCCGGGGCGCAUGACGCCUACAGGCGCGUCUCGACGCUGUCGGGCCGGCAGCUCUGGGCAACGCGCGUCGGGGUUGCUGGAGGAGCCGGGAGCGCGGUGACAUUGAGAGGCAUGACAGCCGUGGGCCCUUCUUCUUCUCAUCUCACGUCCAAGAUGUCGUUCCACACCAGCUCUCCUGCUAGAAAACAGGACUUCUACCAGAUCUUAGGAGUCCCACGCUCUGCAACACAGAAGGAGAUUAAGAAAGCUUAUUACCAGAUGGCAAAGAAGUAUCAUCCAGACACUAACAAGGAAGACCCUCAAGCUAAGGAAAAGUUUGCACAGCUGGCUGAAGCCUACGAGGUGCUCAGUGACGAGGGGAAGAGGAAACAGUACGACACGUACGGCUCCGCCGGGUUCGACGCGGGUCAGGCCGGCGCGGGACAUCAGCAGUACUGGGGCGGGGGAGCCAGCGUCGACCCAGAGGAGCUUUUCCGCAAGAUCUUUGGGGAGUUUUCCGGAGCGCGAGGCUUCGGGGAUUUCAAUGCCAUCUUCGAUCAGCCACAAGAGUAUGUCAUGGAGCUCACGUUCGCUCAGGCUGCCAAAGGAGUGAAUAAGGAGAUUACGGUCAGCGUCGAGGGAACGUGUCAGCGCUGUGGCGGCCGAGGCCAUGAGCCCGGAUCUAAAAUCCAGCACUGCGGGAACUGCAACGGGACCGGCAUGGAGACGGUGAACACGGGGCCUUUCGUGAUGCGGUCCACCUGCCGGCGCUGUGGCGGGAGGGGCUCGGUCAUCACGUCGCCCUGUACGGCGUGUCGAGGAACGGGACAGACCAAACAGAGGAGGACCGUCACGGUGCCUGUUCCUGCUGGAAUUGAAGAUGGGCAGACGGUCCGAAUGCCUGUGGGGAAGAAAGAGAUCUUCAUUACGUUCAGAGUCCAGAAGAGUCCGAUCUUCAGGAGAGACGGCGCUGACAUCCACUCAGACGUCAGUAUCUCUGUGGCUCAGGCCAUAUUGGGCGGCACAGUCCGAGCUCAAGGACUGAACGAGACCGUCAAUCUCUCGAUCCCAGCUGGAAUCCAGACCGACCAGAGGAUCCGGCUCUCUGGAAAAGGUAUCCCGCGGGUCAGCGGCUAUGGUUACGGUGACCACUACGUCCAUGUCAAGAUCAAAGUCCCCAAGAUGUUGACAGACCGACAACGAGGCCUUAUGAUGAGCUACGCGGAGGACGAGACCGACGUGGAGGGAACCGUCAAUGGCGUGACCAGCACCACUACAGGAGGGGGCAGUGAUGAGACUGGGACAGGGCACAAACAGAAAGACGAGGGCUUUUUCUCCAAAUUAAAGAAAAUGUUUAGCUCCUCCUGACAGCCACAACGCAGGUAAAAGAUCCACUGGAAAUUAGAGACUUGUUCUUGCUAGUGAUGAUGUAAAACCAGAUGGACAUAUAAGAGGAGGAGACGAGUCUUCUGUUGUUGGACACAUGCAGCGGUGAAUUCAUCUCGAUCCCUCAUCAGAAACUACACAUGAUGGUGGCAGUGAAGAGCUCUGGUUCUGUCAUUGACUUCUAAGAGAAGAUUCUGAAUCCUCAAUCUCAGAGGAAUAUGAUUUACGCACAUGCACCCGUCUUACCCGUAACAUUGUGAUGUCAGCCUUCGCACCACAAUGGUCUGUAAUUUUACGUUAAGGUGUUACGUAGUCAGUUCUUUUGUUUUCUGAUGUUCUGAGAUGAAGUGAUUCACAAACGGAUGUGGACUCUUUACUUCAGUUUCAGUAAAUGUUUCAGAUUGAUCAAGUCCAAUAUUCAAGAUUGUUUGUGGUGUUUGUCAUUGAAUGUUACAUCCAUCUGCUUUAUUUGCAGUGUACAUAGACCACUGUUAAUAUUAAAAUCAAUUUAAUGUUAUUGUAGAGAUAAAUAUGCAAUAAGUAAUAAAAUCUCUGUGUAACAAA